AUGCUUCUCAUCGCUGGACAUCAGCAGCGCCAGCUUCUUACAAAUGCUUUCAGACUAGUCCGAGCUUCUCGAUGGUUUACUACUGAGCGCACCGGCUCGUUUGAACAACCACAGGGCCUGCCCAUUGACUUAUAUAAUCUACGAGUAAAAGAAAAUAGGCUCAGAGACGAUCCGUACCAGAGGAAAAUUAUUCUGAGCUUAUCAGUGUUGCAUGGGAAACUAGAAACAUACGAGCCUCCAAAAGUCGAGAAUCCUGAUGUGGAGAGCCUCAAACCGAAGAUUGGCAUAGCGAAGUUCUUUGAUUCGUUUUUGGGCUCAGGGAAGAAGGAACCAAAUACCAUAGAUAUUCCAGAGAAUGAAAUAAAGGGCAUUUACUUGUGGGGUGACGUUGGGUGUGGGAAAACCAUGCUCAUGGACUUGUUCUACCUGUCCGUGCCUCGACAUUUAGCUAAAAAGAGAUUGCACUUUCAUCAGUUCAUGCAAAACUUACACAAGCGUUCACAUCAGCUUAAGAUUGAACACAAACAUAUGGAUCUUGACGUGAUUCCGUUGUUGGCCAGUGAAAUAGCACAGACAUCUACGGUGCUAUGUUUUGAUGAGUUCCAAGUCACUGAUGUUGCGGAUGCAAUGUUGCUACGAAGACUCAUGACUUUGCUCUUGAGCCCAGAGUAUGGCGUUAUUUUGUUUGCAACAUCUAAUAGAGCUCCCGAUGAUUUAUACAUGAACGGUAUACAGAGAGUGUCAUUCAUUCCUUGCAUUCAACUUAUAAAGAAGCAGACUCGUGUGAUAUACUUGAACUCUCCCACAGAUUAUAGAAAAGUACCUAGACCUGUUUCCUCGGUGUAUCAUUAUCCAAAGCCCGGAGUGAAGUACCACAGCAAAGUAAACCAGGCGGCAUGCAAGAAGCACGUCAAGCAAUGGUAUGACUACUUCAACAGAGACGACCAAAUGGACGAGCCAAAAGUUAAUGAAGAGCUCACAGUGUGGGGCAGAAAACUUGUUGUGCCCUUGGGUUCUCACCCAUAUGUGGCACAGUUUACAUUUCAGGAGCUUUGUGGCCACAAUCUCAGUGCUGGCGACUACUUGACGUUGGCAAACACAUACAAGGCUUUCAUUGUCACAGACAUUCCAUACUUGAGUAUAGAAGCGCGUAACGAAGUCAGGAGAUUCAUCACGUUCCUUGAUGCCGUUUACGACGCACACGGUUGCCUAGCGACCACCUCAGCUGCACCUUUCAAGGAUUUGUUUGUUGAGCCCGAGGAUUUACAGAAGGACAACUACGAACUAUAUCAAAGACAGAAAAAGAAAGGGAGCGAAGAAACAUUCGAAGAUGACGAGUUGGUGGUGAAGCAUGGUUUCGACAAGCUGAUAGCCAAGAAGGCAUCCAUGUUCGUCAAUGACGAGGAGAAGUUUGCAUUUGCACGUGCACUCAGUAGGCUAACGCAAAUGGGAACAACAGACUGGAUAGAAACUAGCCUUGGUGAUGUCUAG